AUGUCCACCUUAUCGUUGGCACAGUCUGCUUGGGGAUGGGUUGGCGGUCUCCGUGUUGUGAGCAGUAUGCUGAACAACAUACAUGGAGUUUUCGCGGAUGAAGCGGCCAAAAAGCUUGCAGUGCCUAUCCAGGUCGGACCAGCUGUAUUCCGCCUGUUUACAAGUGACGGUAGCAAAGUGUGCUCGGAUGACUCCCACCCACCUUUUGGCGAAGACUUUCCGACACAGCUAAUAGGUCUAUCUAUCUGCGCAAUUGCGCAUAUCUUUGGGGGGAAAAUUGCUGUCGAGCUAUUCAUGAAAUUCUUGGCACCUACUCUCUUGACGUUGCCAGAAGCACACGAGAGUUUAUAUUUGCAAUUGAUUGACAACCAUGCAAAGAUUCUGAAUGAAGGAGCCACACGAGGCCUAACUACAAUCUUCUCAAAUGCGGUUGAUCAGCUGAAUCAACGGUGCUGGAACGCGCUUCGGCGCUGGAAUGAAGAUGAGACAAGCAUAGACGGUGUCGCCAUCACCGAUAUGUUAUGCAAUCUGGUUAUGCAGCUAGCUGCUUGUAUGAGAGCGGUUGGAUAUUGCAUUGGUGAAAUUGAAGCCUGGGAUGGUACUGGGGAUCGACCGCGUGCUUCUGGAUCCAACUCUGUCAUCUUAGUCACAGGAAGUACUUGGGAUACGGAUAUUUUUCUCGAGGACCAGGACAGCUGUGUCAUGCCAACUUAUAUUCAUCAUUAUCAUUUCAGCACAGCAGGUGGAAUGUUCUCAAACGCAAUGGGAAACAAAGCCAACAUCCCCCCAGAAGUGUUUCAGACUCUCUUUGAAUACACACAUUCUCAUGUUAAAUCUGAGCUGCGCCUACAUUGGAAAGCCGCAACACCAUCUGAGGGCCAAAGAUUCAGGGAGAAUAAAAGCGAUGCGGCAAUCAAAAAUUUAUUUGUGGAACCCGAAUGGACCUGUGGGGAGACCAAAUCGACGCCUAUUUCCAAGAGAUUGGCCUCACUUUUUUUCCCGAAAUCUGCGCCACGCCUUGGCCCUUGCUAUGAGCAAUUAUCAAACCUUGACAGCUUGGAAUACAUUCUCCAACGAAAAUGUGGUUAUGACAACAAGCAGCAACAAAGAGACUUGGCAACUUUUAGUGUUAUUACAGUAUCUAUUGUUAUUGCUGCCGCUUCAGUCUUGGCUGGCGAAAGCUUCAUGAAUCUCCGACAUUGCAUUGACCUUAACCUUGAAGAUGGCGAUCACUGGCAGCGCGCUCUCUGUCCUAUGGUUGAUGAUAUCUUUUCAGGGAGACUAGAUCUCAGUCGAGCUGUCUUCCUUUUAGCCGCUGUUCAUGCUGGUUGCGAAACUCUGCCAAGUCAAACUCUCAAUUUUGAGGAUAAUCUUGUCGGCUGGAGACAUGGAAUAUAUACAUAUUGGGAUGCUACCAAGGAUUUUGCGCAAAUAUAG